GGGUGGAGAGGUGCUGACUGGGGGUAAUACAGGAACAGUGAAUGUCAUUGUCCAAGGAUGUUCGUGACAGCCUGCUGCUGCACCGUUAUGCUAAGCGGCUAACGCUAGCCCAGCUGUGCUGAUGCUAAACAUCACUGAAUAAAGGAGAUGGAUAGAUACAUAAAUCAGGUAAAACAGAUCUGCGCGCGUUUCUGUAGUACACGUACAGUAACUACAGAAACAAGAAUAAAAACUAAGCCAAUAAGCUUUUUUGUGGUAUUCGUUUCGUCUAUAGUCCGAAUUUAUCCGUUCCACCUUAAAUAAUGCGUUAGUUCGAUACAAGUUCUAUAAGAGUCGACGCGGCUGCAUAGUCGAACUAAUGCGGUAUUUAAGGUGGAACGGUCGAUUAAAAAGAUAAAAACAACCGGGCGAAUUGAAAUUUGAUGCCAUUAUUUAACUAGGUGUUUCUUCGCUACGUUAACUGUCUAAAACACAUAAUUGUGUUACUAAUUUGUUAUCCUAGGUACAGUGCCAGUCAAAAGUUUGGACACACCUUAAAUUCAGUGUUUUUCAUUGUUUUAACACUAUGCAUUGUAGAUUAAUACUAAAAUCAUCCAAACUAUAAAGAAAACAGAUGGAAUUAUUUAGAAAACAACGAAGUAUUGGAGCAAAACAGGAUAUGUUUUAUAAUUUAGAUUCUUCAAAUUAGGCACCUCUUGCUUAAAUUACAGCUUUGCACAUCUUGGCUGAAUUUUUUUCACUCAGCUUUGUGAGGUAGAGUCGCCUGGAAUGGCUUUCAGUUAACAGCUGUGCUGAACUUAACACGAGUUAAUGCCCUCUUAAUUUAUCCAUUAGUUAAAUUGUAAAAUUGAAACGAGGUAGAGUUAUACAGAGAAUAGCCCUAUUUGAGUAAUGUUUUAAUCCAUAUUAUGGCAAGAACUACUCAACACCACUGAUGAUGUGUCCAAGUCGGUGCAUCAGACAAUGUUUCGUUGACUGAAAGUAGCCUUGAGUGCAGUUAGAAAGACUGUAUAAAACGAUAUGAUGAAACUGGCUCUCAUCAGGACCACCCCAGGAAAGGAAGAGCAAGGAUAUAUUCAUCAGAGUUACCAGCCUCAGAAACGGCAAGUUAACAGGACCACAGACAAGCCUGAAUGCUACACAGUGUUUUAGUUUGUUUCACAAUUUUAAGCUACUACAUGAUUCCUUAUGUGUUCCUUCAUAGUCUGGAUGACUUCAGUAUUCAUUUACAGUGUUGGUAAAAUACAAUAAGACUGUGUGUCCAAACUUCUGACUUGUACUGUAUUUUAGUCAAUAAUUCCGUUUGUAAAGUAAUUAUUUAGCUGGUUAACGAGCUGUAUAACAAAUAUACUUAUCUAGUUAAUAAAUAGAUAGAUAGAAACACAGUGCUUUAACCAUUGAGCCACAAAGCACCAACAGUAGUCUUAUUUUUUACCAAUUAGGCUUCACAUUGUACUGAAAAUUUGGGCUCUGUUCUCUACCGUGGUUUUGCUCUUCCUGCUAACUAAUGUAUUAUCCACUAGCUCAUACACUGUCCACAAAAGUGCUUGACACAAUACCCUGAUAUGCCAAAUGUCACAUGAUAUGUGACAAAUAUAGUGCCUCAUGACUUUUGCCAUGACCUAUACAAGCUAAAAACACUGCAUGGACUAGUAGGAUAUGCCUUUCUUUUCACAAAAACAAGCCCACAAGCCAGACAUGAUAAUUGCCUUUGACUGUGCUGUCCACGGUGGGAGGUAAUGCCUUCUAUGUUGUAUUUCUGGUACACAUGUGGAAUGAGGAAUUUUGGAUUAAGGAAUGUUGGAUUGUGGAAAGCUACAUUCUCCAACGACUUGCUAUGAGCACACUGGCUAGUGUUUAGCCUAACUCACAACUUAUUACUAUAGGUGUAGCUGUUCCCAAGCAGUACUUGAUAUAAUGCUAGAUCCGUUUACAGACUUUUGCCAUAUCUGUGUAUAAUAGGUUGCAUUGUUCUGUUGCUAGUAGGACUACCACAGAGUACCCAUUAUUUGGAUGGUGGAUCAUUCUCAGUACUGCAGUGCUACAGUGACAUGAUGUUGGCACACUGACAUCCCACCACCAUGCCAGAGUCACUGCAGUGUUGAGAAUGAGAACAAGAGAAGAAAAGAAUGAAACAAAUGUACUGUAAUAAUUAAUGUAAUUAUAGAACUAUAAAGUGCUCCAAUAUGCUCAAUGCAAGUAAUUAAAUGGACAGGGAGUGUAAAUGUAAUGGCUGAUCUGAAAAUUUGGAUUCAUCAAGUGGUUGUCAAUGCAGAAGUCUAAUGAUUUGAAUGAUUUUUUGUUUAACACAACAUACACAACAUACUAGAUUAGGCUGUUUUGUUUAAAAAGCAGCACCAGACCGUAUACACUUGAUUCCUCUUUCCACAGACCUCUGCUUUGUUCGUGCCUCGUGUGGCAAGUGGUAGUGCCUGCUGUGAAAAGGCUAAAAAUAGCAAGUGUCUCAGCAUCUCUGUCACAUUGGCUCAUCUGUUAGCGGAGGUCAGAACACUGCUACUCUGGGUCUAAUAUAACCAAUCAUUCCAGGCCUAGCAAAUCUGUCUGAGAACUGUUGUCGAAUUGCGUUAAUGCACCGACAGCAUCUAUUGCCAAGAUGUAAUUUGGCUGCUGCCUUCAGCAGUUGGCACCGGCAUUCUUUCAUCAGUGUCAGCUUUUUGAGGUCAGAAACCUCAGUGUUUGAGAUUUACUUUGAUCUGGCACUUGUUUCACUUGUGUCCUCUCCUGCCGAGUCUUCUGGAGUCACUGUUCUCAGACAGGAAUACAGCCAUUCAUGAGUUGCAGAAAAAUAAAUCCUAAGCUGUAGAGCCCAUCCCAUAUCCAUUAAUCCACAUCCCUGGUUUCUCAUGCUCACCCCAGAGAUGCUGAGUGUGCCGCACUGGCAUUGGUCAGAAGUGAUGUAAUGCCCUCUAAAUAAUGCAUGGCCUUAAGAAAGUGAAAGACUCUGAGUCAGAGAGCAAAAGACACGGGAAAUCGAUGUCAGUGUGGGAGAGGGGCAAACUGAGGAGAGACAAGGCAGUAGGGAGGAUUACAUGUGAAGAAAUGGCAACCCAUAUUGCUAAGAGGAGAAAACGGAAAGACUGACUGAUGGUCAGGCUAGAAAGUGCAAGGAGAAAGUCUGAUUCUGCAUCCACACCCAGCUCAGGAUGUUGAUGCCUGGGGGGACAAUUGUUCCUUGUGCCAUGUUCAAUUUGCUUUCAUUCUGGAGUUUCUGCCGCCUGACCUAAGUGACUUGAUUUUCUUGACACCCAGGAAUCUCUAAAAGUGCGGCAACACCUAGGCUAAACCAUGCCAUGACUACUUUUGAAGACUGCCAGACCAUUUUUAGCCCUCCAGCUUUUCUUAACUUAGCACCGAGAGUUAUGGUUGGCCCAGCAGUCUAUGCCUGUUCAGUUGCCUGGUUAACGGCGUUGUCUUAAAGAGCUCUUGUUUAUCCUGGAAGGGAUUCGAGCCUUCGAGGAGUUUCAGUAUUGCCAAGCUUCCUCUUGGCCUCAGACAGCAGAUGUUCUAUCUGUGUUGUCUUGAGGCCUUUGGAUCCCCUCCUUCUAAGACUCACGCACACCAGCUAGUCGCCUACAUACUCUGCCCUUUCACCUCCGCUCUGCUGCGAAAGCUGUGGAGGUGAUGGAGGGCUUGGAGGUGGAAGACAUCAGUCCGGCCCUGGAGGUAACGGAGGACUACUUGCACUGUCUGGAUGCCAGUCAAGAAGAUGGGCAACUACGGCCUGCCAAGUUGAAGGAGGUUUCAACUCUAGACAAGUUGAACUCCAGUGGGGUAUGGGGCUUGCUUACUGGGGAACAGUCAGAGAUAUCACCUCGUAACAUAGCUUGGGGAGAACAGACCUCCUCCUUUAGUGUACUUGGAUUAAGAAAUGGAAAGAGGAACCGAGCCCGCUCUACCAAUGAUCUGGCGGCCCACGCCAAAGAGACCAACUCCACAAGCACUUCUAGUGGGGGCUUCAAGCGGGGGCACAACAGAUCACGCUCAGAUGUCAACUACCGAACCUUCACGGAUAACGGCGUGCCAGCUGUUGACAAGAACACACUCAAGAACAUGGCACUAAACGACCAAAGGGAAGAUAACAAGGAGAGUAGCCCCAGCCUUGUUAAGCAGGGCAUAUUGGAACAGAGGGAGGGUCCGUGGGGCCGCUGGAGUGCCUGCCACGUGGAGCUCACUCCCUGCGAACUGCGCCUCUAUAGCCUGGACAACAGUGGGAACAGGCAACUGUGUGCUGCCCUCUCACUGUCGCACUGCCAGGGUGUGGGCGCACCGCACCCGCAGGAUGGCCGAGUGCUGCAGGCCCUCUUCUUCAACAGCACCCGCCUGCAGCUGCGUGCCCCCUGCCAGUGGGAGGCAUUGGAGUGGCGUAGGCUUCUUUGGGAGCGCGUCCUUGCCGCUCGGCCACCCCACAGUCAGGGGGAACCUCCAGCACCUUGCGAGCCAGUUCCAGACUCUGCCACCACGCGUCCCCUCGUCCGUCCCACCGCACUUCCCCUGUUCACCCAGCGCUGUGCUGAUGUCCUUAAGGCAGGCCUCCUGUAUCAGCUCAGUGACCUCAACAACUGGAGCGCCUUCACUUUUGUACUCAGUCGCACCCAGCUGCAGGCCUUCCCCACUGAAGGCCGAGGCCCUGUCAAUGAACCAGUGCUGCAGUUCCCUCUGGCAUCCUGCCUAGCUGUGCAGAGGGAUGAGGCAGAUGGCGGCAACUGUGCCCGCUUCCAGGCCAUUUUCCCAGAUCAGGUGCUUCGUCUGAGGGCAGAGAGCGAAGCAAAGGCCCAGGACUGGGUGGAGGCUCUGCGGACAGCUGUGGCUGCCCAGAGGCCGCAGGGAGAGAGCAGCCAUCAACUAGCUCCCCCAGGAGUGCUUAUGAGGAGCAAGCCGACACGAGAACGGUGGCAGAAGGAGGCCCACAGAGCUAAACGGCAGUCUGUCACUACCAGCUUCUUAAGCAUCCUCACCUGCUUGGCUGUGGAGAAAGGCCUGACUGCCCAAAGCUUCAGAUGUGCAGGAUGUCAAAGGCCAGUGGGUUUGUCUCGAGGCAAAGCUAAGGUCUGCCACUACAGUGGAUGGUACUAUUGUCAGAGCUGCCACCAGGACAACCUCUUCCUUAUUCCUGCUCGACUGCUGCACAACUGGGACACCAGUAGACAUAAGGUGUCCAAACAAGCGAAGGAGUUUCUAGAGUUUAUCUACGAGGAGCCCUUGCUGGAUGUGCAGCAGUUGAACCCGUGUCUGUACGAGCAUUCAGAACCACUGGCUGCUGUGCUCAAGCUUCGGCAGCAGCUCCAGUCUCUCAGGGCUUACUUAUUCAACUGCCGUGCCACAGUCGCAGAGGACCUGCGCCGUCGGAUUUUUCCAAGGGAAUACCUCCUUCAGCACAUUCACCUGUACUCGCUGGCUGACCUUCAGCAGGUCAUAGAUGGAAAGCUAGCACCCUUUCUUUCCAAAGUGAUAAAGUUCGCCAGUUCCCACGUGUACAGCUGCAGCCUGUGCCGAGAGAAGGGCUUCAUCUGUGAGCUCUGCCACGAUGGCCAGAUCUUGUACCCUUUCCAGGAGAAUGCCACCAAGAGGUGUGAGGGCUGUGGCGCAGUCUUCCACGCCGAGUGUCGGAUGCGUGCACAGCCAUGUCCGCGUUGCGUACGGCGAGAACUGCACAAGAAGCCAUCUUCCUUCUGGAAGAAACACAACCACUGCGAGGACAACGACGACCUCCUGAGCUGCUUCGAGCUGGACACCUGAGCCAGGCAGCCUCUGCCCCCCCAGCUGCUCUAGCUGCUCAGCUGCUCCAGCAGACCCACCGCCAGUUCAGAGCUGCUGCUGCUGCUGCUGCUGCAUCUCUGUGUACGUAUGUGUGUGCGUGCAAGACUCCACAAUUGCGGGACCCUGAGAAGGAGCGUUAUGUUUGCCGACAAGGAACAGAAGGGUCUUUUUGUUUUCGUUUUUCAAUCGGCUCUCUCCAGAGACUCGCUCUCUUUCUACAGACUCGCUCGCUUUCUCUCUCUCACGCUCUCGCUCUCUCUCUCUCUCUUUCUCUCUUUUUUCUCCCUCUCGGCCACUCUCACCUGAGAGAUGGAUACACAGAGACAAUACUUCAGUCCCUGAAGAGGAGAGGUUUCAUAAUGAUACCAAUUUGCCCUCGCCUUUCAUCUACCAAAUGACUGCCGGGCCAACCGACAAAUGCGGACCGAGCGGAGUGCGCUCACAUACUAGCACACGUAAACACACUCUCACAGUCUGACACAGAAUAAUACACUCGGUCGGGGGAAAAAAACUCAAGGCCAAUAAUUCAAGCAAUUUUCUCUGCACAAAUACAUCAUCUAAUCCAUUAACAAGCUGUACUAAAAUCGGACAUCCUGGAUGCUCUCCGAUUUCCAGAUACCUCUACUUAGCCCUACAAUGGAGAAGCUGAGAAGUACUAUCCUAGACCCAUUCACUUGUUUUAAGUGACUGGAUGAACAUCCAGAUCUUCCUCUCCACAUUCCUACACAACCGCUACGAUGCUCCCUUUUUCUGUCAGUCUUUUGCACUACACAAGUUUUCGUCCCUUGAAUUGAAGGACUGUGGACUGAGCCUUGAGGAACACUCCUUGGUUUUUCAGAGUGGAAAAAGCUCAAUGCCACAAGGAUUGAGGACUGAGCCUUGAGCCUUGAGGAACACUCUGUUUUUUCAAAAGGAAUUGCUGGAAAAUCUUCAUAAUAAUCCUGUAUAUAGCUGUGUCAAAUAAUAUAGCUAAAUCAUACACCCAAAUUCCUAAACUUGUGAAGUAAACGGCAGCAUUGGCAUGGUGUCCCAUACAGCUGCAGCUGAAGUUUAUCACCGCUCAAUGGCACUGGCUUCAUGCAGCUGAGCCUCGAUCUCCUUUGCCAACCUCUGGGUCUCUGAUUACAAACUAACUCUCAGCCACAAGGUCCCAAAUUAUAGUCCGGCACUCUGGGGCUUUGUUUAGCAUUGGUAGAGCCCGUUUAGCGCAGAACACAAAAAAAUAAAAAUCCCGUCCACUGACUGACUCAUUACUUGCAUCGACCAAACUGACCACUGCUUUGGAUCCGUAUCAGUCGGGCAUUGCUCUGGUUGGGCAUUUACACUCCAUUUUCCGGCUACUUGAACUAAGCAUUGGCAAUAAUAUCUCCUUCAUUUUGCUUUCGCUGCCUUAUUUGACCUCUUUUUUUGCACUCUUUUUCCCCCCUAAGGGACAAAGCUUUGACAAUGCAGAAUGACUGAGAGCUGUCACCUGACAUUCUUAUCCCUUCCCCUCCCUAUGCAAACUAGCUAGGCCAAGUGACCUUUUUCAAAUCUCUAAAUCCCCAAAACCUAUAUUCUCAUCUUUUCUCACCUUGCUUCCCCUUUGUGAACAUGGAGGAGACGCCAAUGCCAUCUGUUAGCUCUUGUUGGACACCAGGACCAGCAACACAAUUCCUGACUCUCCAAUUCCUGUCUAACUUUGCUCUAACUCUGUAGACGUCCAUAGAAGAUGAUGCACGCGGCACUAUGUUAAAGGGAAAUAUGUGCUUGAUUCUGGACAUUGGGAAGAACCUGAGGGAUACUUGAAGGGAAAAUUUAAAUAUUUAUUGUUCUAGCUAGUGGACUGAUAGAAGAACUACAGGUACUGUUGAGGAAUAGCAGUUGUAUUUUGCCAGUCAUCGUUCAAGAGUUAGCGUAAUUAAUCCUGCAAAAAUGCAGCUAGGUCAACAUGGAAGUACAAUUUUAUCUACCAUAUUGAAUUAACAUGUUUUACUGCUCUGCAAAAAUGUUGUUUACAAGUUUUUUGUUUGUUUUUUUUAAUAAUUGGGCAGAUAUGCUCACUUGAAUGCAGCUUUUUUUUUCUUUUUGCCAUUUGCACCAAAAGUACUUUAUGCUUAUUUUCGAAGUUCAUGAAGUUCAUGUACUGUGAAAACAUCAAAGAGCACCCUAUAUUUAUUUGAUUUCCAGUCAGAACAGCCAUCAAUUGUUCAGUUGUUAAGUAGGGCUAGACAAUAUACAACAAUCAAGGAAUCUGUUCCUACACAGUUUAUGUCGGACCUCUGGUCCUCUAGUCUGUUAUGCUGGAUUGGUGUAUUAUUUCAGCAGUCAUCACCAUUUUUGCAAUGUCAUGUAAAGCAAAUUAAACCAUACACAUUAUGCUACAACCUGCUUGAUACACAAGGAAAUUUUGUACUUUUCUUAUUGUCCAUCAUUUGUUUUAUCCGAUCUUUAAAAUUUCUUUUUUUUUAUAUCACAGUAUAUAUUGCUGAAAAAUAACAUUUUUCAAUGUCUGACUAAAGCCCUAAUUGUUAACAGCAUUAGAAAGCACAAGCUUUGACAGCUAAACUUAUAUCAGAUGUUUGCAUAUUUAUUCCAUCCAUAUUAAUCUUCCUAAGAGUUUACACUCUUAUCAGGAGACUCACUCCAUCUUCAAAGUUCAGCCUUCUAAGUUUCGAUGUAUUCAGUGAUGUUGAGGUCUGGACAUUGGGGCGGUCACUUCAGGUGUUUAUUAUAAGGGCAGCAGCUGCUUAUAUAUAUUAUUAUUUAUUAGAUGUAUCAGUUUGAAUUUUCCACAAAGAGCUUUUUUAUCUAGCUCUAAGUUUUUUUCUGAGUAUUUCAGGCCUAUAUAGGAUUGUCAUCUACAACCGUCCCAUCUUCAAAAAAAUGUAUCUUGAGAAACUGAACUUAAUGACUGUUUUGACUGGAAAAGAAAACCCUGGUCUCUGUCUUUUGCACAGUACUGUAUGAUUGAGUGUUGUGUGUGUGUGUG